AUGUGAACGCAGGAAGAAGAAGAAGAAGCAGAAGCAGCGUAGAUGAUUCCUCUAUAAGAACACUGACACCAGGUUAUGGAUAAAACCGCCGUGGUUAAAGUCGGGGCGGUGGCUAGUGCGAGUGUGUGUGCACUCUUUGGAGGAGUCGUCCUCGCUCAGUAUAUUGUCGCCAAGAAGAAAAGAGCUGGCAAGAAAACCAAGAUCAUCGAAAUGAUGCCCGAGUUUGAGAAGAGCACGGUCCACAUCAAGGACCCCGAGCGGGUGGAGCAGAUCAUCUGCGGUCUGAUUAAAGGCGGCGCCUCUAAACUACAGAUCAUCACAGACUUCGACAUGACCUUAAGCAAAUUUUCAAUCAACGGAAAACGCUGCCCGACCUGCCACAAUAUAAUUGACAACUGCAAGCUCGUCACAGAAGAUUGUAGGCAAAAGCUGUUUAACCUGAAGGAGACGUACUAUCCGAUUGAGAUCGACCCGCAUCUGACCAUGGAGGAGAAAUACCCGUUUAUGGUGGAAUGGUAUUUUAAAUCCCACACAUUACUGGUGGAGCAGCGGUUAGAGAAGGACAAACUCCCUGAAGUGGUCAGGGAAUCCGAUGUCAGUUUACGUGAGGGUUAUGAGCACUUCUUCGACCGGCUACAACAGCACAACGUUCCCGUGUUCAUCUUCUCCGCGGGGUUGGGAGACGUGCUGGAGGAGAUCAUCAGACAGGCUGGGGUUUAUCACCCCAACGUCAAAGUCGUCUCCAACUUCAUGGACUUCGAUGAGAGCGGCGUCCUGAAAGGCUUUAAAGGCGAGCUGAUUCACGUGUACAACAAGCAUGACGGCGCGCUGCGAAACACCGAAUACUUCAAACAGCUAAAGGAGAACAGCAACAUCAUCCUUCUGGGAGACUCGCUCGGGGACCUGAACAUGGCCGACGGCGUCCCCAACGUGGAGAACCUCCUGAAGAUCGGCUUCCUCAACGAUAAGAUCGAGGAGCGUCUGGAGAAAUACUUGGACUCUUACGAUAUUGUUCUCGUCAAGGAUGAAACCCUUGAAGUGCCCAAUUCCAUUCUGCAGAAGAUCUUAUAACUGUACAGAGACUCUGGCUAUCAGGCGACUAGUCACUAGGCUAAUCCAUGCACGCACAAGCCAUACAAACACCUCACCAUGAUCCUGUUAGAGUCGCUUUCCUUCUCCAGGCCAACCGGGGAGAGAUUAAACCAAGCCAACACUGGAGAGAAUCUCUAUAUAAGCAAAUUGGUUUAAUGUACAUUAGUAGACUUGUUAAUGUAUUAUUUUUGAUAUUGCAUCAUUUGACGUCACGCGCAAUAAUAAUUAGGAAGGAAGAUAAGGCUUGUCUUAGAUUUUUUUAUAUAUAUAUAUAGUUAUACAGGCGGUAACUGCAGUGUGCUACAGGAAUAGUUUUACACAGUAACAUUAGCUGUAUAUUCUAGCGCUUCAAAUAUUUCUGUCCAGUGGGCGUGGCCUAUACCUUUAGCUACAUCACUCCAGUUCAUGAAUCAUCUCGACUAGAGAUGUGCUUUAGUGAACAUGGUCUUUAACGUUUCAUAUCGAACCACUCAUUCACAGAUUAGUAGUCUCGCUCGUGCAUUUUAUUUUUAAUUUUUUUGUUUUUUUAAUUUUUUUAUAUAUAAAUGAUCCCUGUGCAUAUUCGAUAUACAUCAAAUCUCAACCAGAUGUUCUGGUUAGCUUUUUAUUACAAAAAUACAACAACAAGAAAUAACAAUUCAGAUCAUACUUUUUUUAUUAUUUGUAUCUGUAUUUAUAUCUGAAUUCGUUCUUGAGAAACAGGACAAAAUAUAUCGAUGUAUUUCUACACCAACAUGUUCCACCGUAGUACACUGUAGUUUCCUCCUGCAUCCUUUUUUCAUAUGUAUAUAGAUAUAUAUAUAUAAAAAU